AUGCCCGGACCUUCGUCGUCGCCAACGGUUGCUGUCAUCAACUCCGACUCCGACAUAAUGUCGACGACGACGUCCCGCUGGGCGUCGUCUUUGCCUGACGAUCUGGUUCGUCAGAUAGCGUCGCUCCUACUGGCCGGCGACCUGCAGGACUACGUCCGCUUCCGUGCCGUCUGCGCCUCCUGGCGAUUCGGCACGGCGUCCCCGCGCGGCCGCGGCGUCGUCGACCCACGCUUCCAUCCGCGGCGGUGGAUGAUGCUGCCGGAGGGCGGGGGCCUCCACCCUGGCCACCCCAAGCUGCACGGCUACGUGCGCUUCUUCAACCUCGACACGGGCGCCUUCGUCCGCGUCCACAUCCCGCUGUUCCAGGACCACUGCGUGCUCGACUCCAUGGACGGCCUCCUCGUCCUGCAGCGAGACCACGACACCGCGGUCCGUGUCCUCCAUCCUUUCACCGGCGACAUUGUCGAUCUCCCGCCGCUCUCCACCAUCCCCCCGCAGGUUCAAGAGCUCGUUGUUGGAUGUCCCAAGCAAAAAAAGCUGCCGAUCAUUAGACGUAUCUCUGCUGCUGCUACCUUCGCUGAUGAUGGUGUCGUCACUGUCAUGCUUGCAAUGACGAACCUGUAUCGUGUGGCCUUUGCAACUUCACAGGACCGGCAGUGGACUGUGCCAACGUGGUGGCACGGGAUUUCUCAACCAUUAUUAUCAUCUCAAGGCAAGAUCUAUGUGGCGUGUGAGAAGACGGAUAAUAAGACAGCUAAACAGUGCGACUCAGAGGUACUGGUAAUAGGCCACACUGAUGUUUUUCGGUCCAGAAUGGUAGUUUAUAAGCUCGCAGAUCUCAUCAUGGAAAUGUAUAUUCCCCUGAUUAGCAUAGGGGACAAGGCUAUUUUCAUUAAGGAGAGGGCUCUUAGUGUCUCCGCCAAGGCAUUACCUACCGUUACGGGCGACACCAUCGCGGCGAUAUGCCUGGACCUUCGUCGUCGCCAACAGCAGCUGUCAUCAACGUACUCCGACGUCUCCACGACGACGUCACUCUGGGCGUCGUCUUUGCCUGACGAUUUGGUUCGUCAGAUAGCGUCGCUCCUACUGGACUACGUCCGCUUCCGUGCCGUCUGCGCCUCCUGGCGAUCGGGCACGACGUCCCCGCGCGGCCGCGGCGUGGUCGACCCACGCUUCCAUCCGCGGCGGUGGAUGAUGCUGCCGGAGGGCGGGGGCCUCCACCCUGGCCACCCCAAGCUGCACGGCUACGUGCGCUUCUUCAACCUCGACACUGGCCAAAGCUGA